AUAUCUGACUUUCUCCUGGCAGCGUACUUGGCUACUUGCAUCCAGAGACCGAAGCUCUUUCAGCUCUCAUUUGCUCUACAAGCUUUAUUGCAAUGGCGAUGCACAAAGCAACAGCGCAGCUGACUUGCAGCAGACUAACCUUAUUCACCCUAGUUGCGGUUUUCAUCCAAAUCGUCGGCCUCUCGCUCUUCGUCUACGGUUUCUUCCCCGUCAAACCGGCCCUCUCCGGCGUCAGUGGCCUGGAGAGUUUCUAUCCGCCGGGCUAUGAUGCCGGUAAGAAUGGAAGUGAAAUACAGCCCAAUUUGCCUCCUCGUCAGCUGAAAUCCUUGUAUCAGGAGCUCUCUGGGAUCGCUCCCGCGUUUGACCGACUAAUUCUCAUGGUUAUUGAUGGUCUUCCAGCAGAAUUUGUGCUUGGCAAGGAUGGCCAGCCUCCGCGUAAAGAUCUGAUGGAAGCUAUGCCAUAUACUCAUUCAUUGUUAUCUACUGGAAAGGCAAUUGGCUACCAUGCAAAGGCUGCCCCUCCAACUGUUACAAUGCCUCGGUUAAAGGCGAUGGUUUCUGGCGCAAUAGGGGGAUUUUUGGAUGUGGCUUUCAAUUUUAACACUCAGGCUCUGUUAGAUGACAAUCUUCUUGGCCAGUUUUUCAAAAUUGGUUGGAAGAUGGUGAUGCUGGGAGAUGACACUUGGCUUAGACUGUUUCCAGGUUUAUUUUCGAGACAUGAUGGAGUUAACAGCUUUUAUGUUAAAGAUACUGUACAAGUCGACUUCAAUGUUUCUAGGCAUCUGGAAAAGGAGCUUAGCCAAAGUGAUUGGAAUCUUCUGGUUCUUCACUAUCUUGGCCUGGAUCACGUUGGACAUAUUGGAGGGCGUAGCAGUUUCCUGAUGGGCCCAAAACUUACCGAAAUGGAUGAAGUGUUGGAGAUGAUUCAUUCACAUGCCAUACAACCUCAAGGAGAUGAUCAUGAACGGACACUUUUGGUGGUGGUUAGUGACCAUGGUAUGACUGAAAGUGGGAAUCAUGGAGGUUCUUCAUACGAAGAAACUGAUUCCUUAGUGCUUUUCAUUGGCCUUCAAAAUGAAAUCACUGACCAGGCAUCAGUCAGUUCCAUACAUCAGGUUGAUCUUACUCCAACGCUGGCUCUUCUUUAUAAUCUGCCAAUUCCCAAAAACAAUGUUGGAAUCCUGAUUGCUGAAACAUUUGAUUCUCUUCCAGAAGACAAAAGGCUGAGAGCUCUGCAGUUGAAUUCGUGGCAACUGCUGAGAUUAGUUCAGGCACAAUUACCAGCAUUUUCGUAUGGAGGCUCACGAGACGUUGGCUUGUCUGAUCAUGUUCAGUCAACAAACGGAGAAUGCAGUGGUAGUAUUGAGAGGACUCUUUGUUGCUUAUACACGAAAGCUGAAACUCUUAGUCAUUCCUGGGAAUCUAUGAGUGGCUCCAGGUCUGAGGCAAGGAAUGAUUACAAGGUUGCUGUUGCUGCAUAUUGGGAUUUCUUGAAUACUGCAAGUGAAUGGUUAUCACGCAGAGUAACCGAUAAACCCGUCAGCUUGCUUGCUUUUGGGAUCGCUGCGAUGGCUUUAUCAUGUCUAAUCUUUUUAGCCAUCCUAAUUUGCUUGCAAAGAGAAGUCUCGCCUUCCAUCCAGCAUGUGCGCAAGUGGUGUUUACAAGAGAUCUUUGUUCUUAGUGUUGUAUUUAUCCUUAUGAUGAGUAUGGGUUCAAGUUCCUUGGUAGAGGAAGAACAAUAUAUUUGGCAUUUUGUUACAAUGACAUCAUGCCUGUUACUACUCCGACAACUAUUGGGAUCUCUUCAUUUUGGAAGUUUUCAAAGUUCGCUUACAUUGCAGAAACAGAACCAAAGAAUUAGAUUUCAACUUUGCUCCAUGAUAUUGCUUCUUUUAUCUGGGAGAAUAUUGAGAGGCUGGCAUCAAGGUGGAGUUAACUGGACUCAUCUUCCAGACAUUUCUAAGUGGCUUGAAAAAUCAAGAAGUGGAAGUAUAAGGUCUAUUCAGCUAGCCUCGGGCCUUCUUGUGAUCAGUUUGGGCUUAUUUGCUUUAUAUUUACCGAGGCCAAGAGGAAAAGCCAUUCUUCUUGCUGCAUUUUCCUUUAUAUCAUCUGGGUUCUUUGUUCUAAGGUAUGUCAUGAAACAUGGGGAGGAAAAUGCUUUUGCAUUUUUCAAUUAUGGUUCUAAUACAUCAGCCCAGAUAAUAUAUGCAAUUUUGGGUAUUUCUGCAACGACCAGCUUUUUGGUCACACCAUGGCUGAUGCCUGCUGGGAGUUCUCAUGAUCAUUCAAGACAUCAUUUAAACUCAAAGCAGUCAAUUCCUAUUGGCAUUCAACAUGAGGAUCUGUUGUUGGCACUUAAAGAUUCUUCUUAUGUGAUUGGGCUGGCAUAUGUUAUAUGCUGUUGUCUUCUACAGCUGCUGCUUCAACAGGGAAUCAAUGCAAUGCCCAUCCUCUUGCUUAUGGUGCAAAUUUUGGGUAGCAUGCUUUGUUAUUCUCAGAGUGGACAAUACCAUACGGAAUUGGUUGAGGUUGCAUCACUGUACUACUUGGGAAUGGCCGGCCAUUUUGCUCUAGGGAACAGCAAUACUCUAGCCACUAUCGAUGUUGCUGGAGCCUUCAUCGGAAUCUCAAGUCACUCCAUAUUCCUUUCUGGUAUCUUGAUGUUCUUAAUCACCUACGCUUCUCCGCUGCUAUUUCUUCUGAGUUUGGUCAUGUUCAACUCUGUCAAAACCACACACUAUCUUGCAACUGAUGCACAUAUGGUUAACUCGGGCCAGCUUCUCAAGACCAUGCUUGGGUUUCCUUGCCUAGUUCCGUUGUGCUUAAACUCAAUCCUCUUGACAUCAUACACCGUCGUGUUGGUCUUGAUGAGGAACCAUUUGUUUGUGUGGUCCGUCUUCUCUCCCAAAUACUUGUACGUUUUCGCGACGACGGUCUGCGUUUAUGUCGGGGUUCUUGUGGUGGCUGUGACAGAGACUUACGCGUUGCUGGUGCUAGCCUUCAGGAGAAAGCAAUGUCUGACUGGUCAUGGAGUUGAAUCGACUGGUGGAGAAGAUGCUUUGACGACCUAUAACUUCUAGGAGAGGUGGACACCAACACUUUUAGAGAAAAUGGUCGACCCUUACAAAGCAGUGUGCAUUUUUAGAUGAUGUUGUCCCGCAUCUCAGACUAGGCAAAGCAAAUUAAUAAACUUAGGCAUUAGUGAAUAUUUAAGCAAGUGUGAUGAGGACUUGGUUUGCGGUUUGUGCUUUAGAAAGUUCUCUAUUGAAGCUUCAAGUUGAGAUCAAGACGCAAGGUGAGAGGGGGCAAAUUUUGACCAAGUCCAAAACAGUCUUUCGGUAUCAACUUUGGGAAGAUGCACAAGCUUCGUGGGGAUUGUUCGAAGGUGACCAAAGCCUUGGCAUUAAAGUACGAAUGUUGAAGCAUGAUGACCAAGCAUGGAUGGAAGGGAAACAAGUCUUCUGGUGGUUCAACGAAGGCAAGUUGCUAUCGAUACACAAUCAAAACUUGAGCAAAGGCAUAAUUUGUCCAAGUAUUGAACACGGGUUGAGCUAGGAACUUCAGGGCCUUAUUCGAAGAGUUUGGGAGCUUGUCAAUGGAAGCCGAGAGUUGAGAAUGAAAGUAGGACUCUUGUUAAACAACGUCAAGGAGUUGGGUGAUUGAAUUGAAGCUUCCAAGACGUCUAACCAUGGGCUCAAAGUAGCUAUGGAAGACUAUUUCUUUACUUGCGCUGGAAGUAACUUUCUUGUGUAAUAAGCUAUUAGUUGCGGCCAAUUCCUUUCCUUUUUCUAUUUUGGAUUCUUGUUUCCUUGUUAGUGUUUACGUUAGCUUGUGAUUCCUUAUUAGUUUAGCCCUCGACUUAGGAUUGUAAUUUGCUAUUUAAAGGCUUGAAAGCCUUGAUGCAAACUUAGUUUUUGAUUGAAUAACAAAGUGACACUGUCACCCCCAAACCCGUUGGGUGUUGGUUGUGAUCCAACAACGAGUUUGCUUCAUAUCGAUUGAAUAUACACUUCAAUUGUGG